AUGGAGGAUCAUCCUGAAGAGGAGGACAUCUUCAUUGGAAAGGCCACACUCACACCCAACCAGGUGGAUCUGCCAGUUAGUACUGGUGGCUUGCUUGGCGGAACCGCAGGUAGGGACUCGCCCGACCACGUGCUCACCAAGAAGCACGUGUGCACAAACCCCAAUGCUGGAAGUUCGGUACUGCUAUACAACCUGCACUCGGACUCCGAUGGGAGCGCUGACGAAUACGGGGAGGACAAUCAUGACAUAGUUCCAGAUGAGAGAAUGCCUACGUGGGUGACUCGUGUACGUGGACGGUUGGGUCUCUCUAGUCUCUCUAUAGUGGCGAGUCUGAUACUCGUGUGUAUAGUUGUGGGGUUGGGUGUGCACGUGCUGCUGUCUGAUUCUGGGUCUGAUUCCGAGUUGUCGAACUCUGGGAUGCCCUCUGUGCACAUACAGUCGGAAACACUUGCGCAUAAUACGACGCACACCAGUGCCGUAGUAGACGUAAUCGCUACUGGGUCUCUUACGGCUGCAACGGAAAGUCUAGACAACAUACUACACCCCACUUCUGCCGAUGUUGGCUCUACCGCCACUACAGCCACCGCUUCUGCCGACCUAUACACUACCGGCGUUGUCACCCCUUUCACUGAAGUAGGUGUCUCUGGUUCUGUCGCCCCCGUAAUAACAAGUACUACUACCACUACACUCAACUCCCCUACUGCUGUAGCUGAGACUUUAGUAGUCCACCCCACAGCGCCUUGCCCGGUCAUUGUGUGCGGCGUUUGUUUUGUGAGCAUCGCUCUGGGUGUACAGGGACACCUCGCCACGUGCACAGCCAGUGACGAGACAGCUGUGGUGGUGCAUAUCAUGACGAGUACGUAUGUCCUGUACGAGCCUAUAGUCUUGGGCAACCACACAGAGACAGGGUUUACCAGCUCAGAAGGCCACACGCCGGCGCCUACCUACAUUACACUUUCGGGCUCCCGUUAUACCGCCAGUGCCGCGGACCAUAGUGCGCCUGUGCUCGUUGCCAUGUUUGGCUAUCGAGUGGGCGACGACGGUUGGCGUGGCACUUCAGACACUUUAGAACAGAGCCACGACGAGUUACGAGAAGUAAGUGGAGGCUCAGAUAACCAUACACGAAGCGAAGCCGUGCAGAUGUACCGAACUGAUUGA